AUGAGCAUCUGGCGCCUCAUGACUUGGAUGAUGACAGGAGGCAACCAAUUAUGCGAAGCUAAGGUAACUCGACUAGUCAAGGAAGUCCUAUCAGCAGAAGAUUUCAGCGUACAGGAUCUGAAUGGCUUCGACGCCCAUACAGAAAUGGGGCAUUUUGAUUCAUCUGAAGCCAGUCUUGAUGACAACGAUAUCUUCCAAAGGGACAGUUGGAAAGAGACAGCCACAGAGAUCCUGGUACCGACUAGAGAGAGAAAUCCAAGCAGGAAUGGACAGCCAUUUACUGUCCCAGGGUUCCAGUAC